AAAUCAAUUUGGCAAAAUUUUUAAAUUGUAUUUGUCGUUUUAUUUAUUUUAUGAAAUGUUAUUUUUUAAAUUUUUAUUAACUAAGGAAUUUUUUUUAUAAUUUAUCAAUUUUCACAAUAUUUUAUGAAAAGUGCUUAAUUUAAAUAUGCCCAAAAUUGUGUUUCCUGAGCAAUACUUUUAAAGAUCUCCAGUGUGAUAACGCAUUUAAUGGCUCUGCAACAAGUGCAUAUUAAUGGAAAGGACAAUAUUUGCCAGUGUAGAAUUACGCGCAAAAAUUGGAGAAGCCUGUAAAAUAAAGCAUUUCCCAUGGGGUGAUAAAAGCUGCAAAUUUUCCGGUUGUGAAAUUACUUCUUGCUUUUAUGGAUAUCCUUUGAAAAUAAUUUUUCCAUCAUCUGUGACUGAUGGUUGUUGUCAGUGGCUAUAUCCAAUUAUAUUUGGUGGUGGUUUAGUUGAAGGGGAUAACAUUAAUUUAUCUCUGGACAUUGGGAAAAAUUGCUGUAUUUUGGUUGCUACACUGUCAUUUCCAAAGGUUUACUGUUGUGAAAUGGGCUGUGUUAGUCAGCAGCAUGUAAAAUACACUGUUGAACCUGAAGCUCUCUUAUGUAUACUUCCAGAUCCUCUUGUAUGUUACAAACAAGCCGUCUACAAUCAGACUCAAACAUUUCAUCUCACAAUUGAUUCAAAUUUAGUUUUGCUUGAUUGGUUCACUUCUGGAAGGUAUUCCAGAGGGGAACAGUGGCUCUUUUCCAGGUUAAAGAGUAUUUCUUCAAUUUACAUAAAUGAAGGACUUGCCUUUAAAGAAGCACAGAAUCUUCAGAACACACCAUUUGUUACUAUUCACAGAGCUAUGAAGUCAUACAAUAUUUUUGGAAUAUGUAUGAUUAUAGGUUACCUCAUGGAACCACUUUGGAGCACUAUCUUAUCUAAUUUAAGCAACUGGAGGAACUAUGGAGAAAAACCAAAAGUUCAUUCAUUGUUUGCUGUUAGUCCCCUGUACUUGGAAGGAGCAUCUAAACCACAUGGUUGCAUCAUCCGAUUUUCAUCUGAAUCAGUUUCAGAAGCUGUUAAGAGAAUUGAGGAAUUUCUGGGGCCACUUUUUGUCAUUAUUGGUGGAAAUCCAUUUAAAAAUAAAUAAACCCUUUAAAUUUUAUAACUAAUUUUUAAUGAAAUCUUUAAAAGUUAUUUAACAGCUAUUUUUAAAACUGUUUUGAUUUGAUGAACUCAGGUCUUUUGAAUCUCAUAUCUUAUUUUGCUGGAUUUUGUUAAAAGUUAUAAAAUUUAUGAAGUCAUUAUUAAAAAGAAGUGUUUUGUAACUUUUUGUAAAAAGUUAUAAAGUUUUUAUAAAAAAGUUUUAAUAUAUGUGCCAGUUUUUAUAAAAAGGUUUUCAUUAAACAACACUGAAUGAAAAUGGCAAAGUUAGCUCUGUAAUUUGCUGCAAGUGAAAAAGUAGAGGUCAUACAAAAUUAUCACACCUUAUAACAGGAAAUGAUGAUGCAACCUGUUUCAAUGGGCAAAUCAAGCUUUCUCAUUCUUCUGCAGAGUAAGACUGUACUUUUUAAUAGAUCUUUUUAAUUUAAUAGAAAAAAAAUAAUACUGUUAUUUUUGUAAAUAUGAAUGUCUUGGAAUGAACAAGGUAUAUAAUUUUUAGAUUUCCUUUUCACACGUUAUAUAAUUUGGUAGUAAUUACUUGAAAAAGCUCAAGUAAAAUCAUUAUUCAUUAUUUUAUAUCAUAUUUUUAAGCCAUUUGUUUAAAAUAGUAAAAGCUCAGACAUUUUUGUGCAGUCGUUGCUAUGUUGUUAGAACUAAAAAGAUACUAACUUAUAUUAAUUUAAAGAUUGCAUUCAUAAAUGUUUACAUAUAAGUAUUUUGCAUUAUACCUUUAGAAGCAUAUGUAGAUCAAUUUUGUGUGUGUGAAGUACAAAUUUUUUUCUUUCUAGUAUUAUAUGUGAUUGCAUUUUAAUAUUAAUUAUGUGCACAUGUAUAUUUUUAUUUUUUAAUAUUAUCUUUUAUUAUAUUAUUUACAUUAAAUAUAUGUAUUUAUUUAACUUACGAGAUGUAGCUUGGGAUCUACAAAGCAUGAUUUCUGCUAGUCCAUUUAUACCUUACAUAUUUUAAGAAUAUAUUACAAAAUCUCAUGCCUAUCACUUUUAAUGUUCAUGUUACAUCAAGUAUAAGUCAUAUAGAAAGAAUGUUUAUUGUUAUAGGAAGUAUUGAAAGGUUGUUUUACAGAAGUAAAAUUAACACGUUUGCAAA